AUGGCGGCGAAAGAAAUCACACUAGCGGAUGUUAUGAGUGCCCUGAAGGCGCAGGGAGAGGUACAGCAUGCUGAGUUGCAAGCGGUGACGAGCAGUGUAGACCGUGUAUUUAAGGAGGUUAUGGGGCUCGUGAAGGAGGAGUGUUCACGGGUUAAAGACGAGGUGUUAAGUGAAGUGUUCACCAAGGAUCAGGUGAAGGGAGAGGUGGAAAAAGCGGCCAGUGAACUGAGGAGAUAUGUGGAUGAGGUUGUGGCGGCACAGGCGCCUCCUGUACUCUCUCAGCAUAAAGGCACGCUGUUCCGGUCAAGUGGGCGUGCUACCUCAGUAAAGUCGUACCCCUCUGCUGCCAGCUCCACGUCACAGAGGCUGAAGGACGGGACGAGGCGCCGGCCACAGGAGUUCGAUGGAACAGUGUCUUGGGAAGCGUAUAAGACACAGUUCGAGCUCUUGGCCAGCGCCCGCCAGUGGAGUCGCCCUGAGGUGGCCAUGCAGCUGGUGUGGGCACUCAAAGGACCGGCAUUAGAAGUCCUGAACCAGCUGCCAGCUGCCCAGCGGUGCUCGUAUAGUAAAGUGACGGCGACACUGGAGAGGAGGUACGGGUACCAGCACCAAACCGAGGUGUUCAGGACAAGGUUCCGGGCCAGGUUACGAGGCCCGGGGGAGAUCCUGACACGCCUGGCGCAGGAUUUGGAGGUGCUGGUGCGGCGUGCGUACCCGGAGGCCAGUGAGGAGAUGAUCACCAUUCUCCUGCGGGAUCAGUUCGUUGAUGCCAUCGAUAACCAACAACUGAGGAUAUACGUCCAGCAGGCACACCCCAAGGACCUUCAGGAGGCCCUGGCGAGGGGCCUGGAGAUGGAGUCAUUUCUCCGGACGACGCGGGAGCGACCCAGCGGGAAUUAUAUCCCGCAGAGAGUGAAGGCAAAGAAAGGGGCCGUGCAGAAGGCCUACUCUAGCCCUUCACCGCCCCUAGGUGAGUUCAGGGGUAAGUGCUACUCUUGCGGGCAGCAGGGGCACACCAAGAGGUACUGCCCGCAGGGAUCGAGUAGUGGAAAGGCUGUCAACGGCAGACAAGGGGGCUGGGGGAAACGGAAAGAGGCUGGUGGAAGGGGUCGAGCGCCAGCCAGAGAGCCAGAGACCCCAGUCCGCCUAAGUUGCCGUGCCGAGGGUGCCCGGACAGUGCAGGUGGGCGGGCAAGUGGAUGGCAAAUCUUGCUGCCUCACUGUGGACUCGGGCGCGGAACGUACCUUCGUGCAGGACGGGGUGGUGGCAACUGGACAGCCCCCGGUGGCCCAGCAACAACUGUGUGGUAUUACAGGGCACUGCACACAGCUGAGGGGACCAGUGCAUGCCAGGAUUGCGGUUGGCAGCACGGAGGAGCAUCUUCCCGUCUUUGUAGCGGACGUCGGGGAGAACUUGCUCGGCCUAGACUACCUGAAGCAGAGCAGGGCGGUGCUGGACUUCGGGGAAAUGACUAUGUCGGUCAGAGGUAGUGUGGUGCCGCUACAGGAGGGCGGUGUUGACGCGGAAGAGUGUGAAGGUGUACAGACGACUAUGGACCCGGAAGGUCAUUGCGAGGACAUGCAGUGGAGUAGCACUGGGGUUCCACCUCAUCUGCAGGAUCUAUUGCAGAGGAGUUCGGCAUGCCUGUCUGGGGAACAGGUGGACGAGGUGAAGGAAGUGCUGACUCUGUAUGCAGAUGUCUUCUCGCAGGGAGAUAAUGACCUGGGCCGGACCAGUCUGGUUAAACACCGCAUUCACACAGGGGAUAGUCGGCCGGUUAAGUUGCCGCCCCGCCGGAUUGCGCCUGCUCGUCGGCUGGAAGUGGAAAAAGCCGUGGAGGAGUUGCGCGCGCAAGGGAUAAUCGAAAAGUCGGCUAGUCCCUGGAGUGCUGCUGUUGUCCUCGUUAAGAAGAAGGAUGGGUCUACCAGGUGUUGUGUGGACUAUCGGGGCCUUAACGCAGUGACGACAAAGGACUCUUACCCUCUACCGAGGGUGGAUGACACGCUUGACGUGCUCACGGGGGCCCAGUGGUUCUCCACCUUAGACUUGAAAUGAGGUUACCAUCAAGUU